CAUAAACAAGCAUGCCCUAAAGAAGUCUCUUAUUUUGCCGUGUGCUGUAAAAGCUGCUAAUGGCGUGGUGGGAAGGCGCAAGUGAGACUCGAGUACUCGUUGCCCUAGAUCCUUCUGCUAGUGGGAACCGUCUUGGUAAAUUUUUGUCACUGCGGCAUCCCAGAACAGGAAAUACGACGUGCUACCUCUUCAGUGAUGGAGUUCUUCAAGAGCUUCACUGGUUCAAGCAAUCUUAUGGGUCAUGGUUCCUGGGAGAUUAUGUCUGUGAAGAUGGUCGCUUGUAUACUGCCACGCCAAUUGAUCCUGUUUUUGUUCUUCUGCCCGUCUUUGAAGAAGCUAGAAUGAAGAAAGGUACUGAUCCAGGGAAGUUUCGGCAACUGGAUGAGAUAAUAUAUGUUAGUGGGUAUCCUGGAUAUGAAUCCCUGUCAUCUGUUGCGGAUACGGCAAUGCAAGUCGUUUGUGAUUUGAAAGAAGUGGGGUCUACCAGGUUUUUCAGGCUCAAUGACUUGAAGGUGCUGAAGUGGUUAUGCUAUAAGGUACACCAAUUGAAGCAGACACUACCGACACUGGAUAACAAUUAUGCUGCUCGAGAUGAGAAAGAUACAUUAUUCGAGGUGGUGUCGAUUAUGCGGGAAUACCUGAAGGAUGAGCCCUGGGUGGACUUAUUGUGCAACAAAUUAAACUUAAAAUCACAGGACUUUACGGAUCCUCAAGAUAUGGAAAUUCCUCAACCUUCCACUGGAAGUGGUCUUGCACAAUUUAAUCCUAAACAGGAGAAUAACGAGACAGGCAAGAGAGUUACCCGGGCAACAAGGUCAAAUAAGAAGGCCAAGGUGGAAAAAGAUUCAAAGAAUAUCAAGGAUAUGUUCAGCAGGGCUAUUAGGAAAGGAUAAAAAUGGACUUCUGAUUGUGAACUAUAUAACUCAUGAGAUUAAUGAGGCAGGCAACAAGGCCAAAUAAGGUCAAAGUGGAGAAAGAUUCAAAGAAUAUCAAGGAUAUAUUCAACAUGGCCACUAGAAAGUCUGAACUGCAGAACCGUAAGUCUUGAACCUGAACACACAUUGGGUUAUUACCUUGUGCUUGUAAGUUUGUUCCAGCUCUGCACAUUAGCUGGAACAGAGGUUUUGAGACUUUACUAAAGUUAUUGGGAAGAUGUUGCUGGGUCAUUUUUAUUUUGUUUGGUGAGAGCCUUUCUUUUUUUUUUCUUUUUUUU